AGAAAAGAAAUUAAAAUCGAAUCGAUUCAUUUCCCAUUCGCUAAGCGUAAAAGCGUCUCCUACCUGUACAACGCAUGAGCGCAAUGAACCACAUUUCUGUUUAAAAACGGUGUCGUAUCGUGUCGUUUAUCGUAGCUGAUCGUUUUGAUGGAGAAUCACGGCGGCAACGAUGUGCCCGUUGAGUUUGAGAUCGAAAUCGAAGGCGAGAAUGAAAAUGGCGGGCAUAACACGUCUGUCGGUGCUUUGACUUCUACUGUUGGAAAGCCUGUUGCGACAUCUACUGUUGAAAAGCCAGUUUCGACAUCUACUGUUGAAAAGCUGGUUUCGACAUCUGAUGCUGAAAAGCCGGUUUUGACAUCUACUGUUGAAAAGCCGGUUUCGACAUCUACUGCUGAAAAGCCGGUUUCGACAUCUAAUGCUGAAAAGCCGGUUUUGACAUCUACUGUUGAAAAGCCGGUUUCGACAUCUACUGCUGGAAAGCCGGUUUCGGCUUUGACAUCUACUGCUGAAAAGCUGUUUUCGACAUCUACUGCUGAAGAGCCGGUUUCGACAUCUAUUGCCAAAGUGCCAGUUUCGACAUCUACUGCUGAAGAGCCGGUUUCGACAUCUAUUGCCAAAGUGCCAGUUUCGACAUCUACUGCUGAAGAGCUGGUUUCGACAUCUACUCCUGAAAAGCCGGUUUUGACUUCCACCCAGGCCGUAAAACCUGUGAAAAAUGGAAAUAAUCGUAAAUUAUCUAUGUUGGCAGCCAAACUGGUUGAUGAUACAGUUCCUCUCAAGAAAAAGCUAAAAUGUUUGAAAGAAUUUGCUACUGUCAAAACCGAUGGGACUGUACAAUUUGAAGUUCCAGGAGAUAUUAAACCGCAAAGCCUUGAUUUUGGAACUGGAGUUGUUUAUAAUGGAUCUUCUGACAAAGAAACUGCUGAAGCCACAGCUGUACAAGAUGUACCUCCAUUGCAAAUAGUAAUGCUUAUUGUUGGAACACGAGGAGAUGUACAACCAUUUGUUGCGAUUGGAAAACGUUUACAGGAAGAUGGCCAUAGAGUUAGACUAGCAACUCACUCAAAUUUCAAAGACUUCGUCUUGAGUGCUGGGUUGGAGUUUUUCCCUUUAGGAGGAGAUCCAAAAGUUCUUGCUGGAUAUAUGGUCAAGAAUAAAGGCUUCUUGCCAUCAGGACCCUCAGAAAUUCCUAUUCAGCGGAAUCAGAUGAAGGAAAUUAUUUUUUCUUUACUUCCCGCAUGCAAGGAACCUGAUCCUGAAUCUACUGUGCCAUUUAAACCAGAUGCUAUUAUUGCGAAUCCUCCAGCAUAUGGUCAUACACAUGUUGCUGAGGCACUAAAAGUACCACUUCAUAUAAUUUUCACGAUGCCAUGGACGCCUACUAGUGAUUUCCCCCAUCCUUUGUCUCGCGUUAGGCAACAUGUUGCUUAUAGACUUUCAUAUCAAAUUGUCGAUGCACUAAUAUGGCUUGGAAUACGAGACAUGAUUAAUGAGUUUAGGAAGAAGAAGCUGAAGCUAAGACCUGUUACAUAUUUAAGUGGAUCCUGGGGCUCUCCCCAGGAUGUGCCUUAUGGGUACAUAUGGAGUCCUCAUCUUGUUCCGAAACCAAAAGACUGGGGACCUAAGAUUGAUGUAGUGGGGUUUUGCUUUCUUGACCUUGCUUCAACUUAUCAACCUCCAGAUCCACUUGUGAAAUGGCUAGAAGAGGGUAAAAAGCCUAUCUAUAUUGGUUUUGGUAGCCUUCCUGUUCAAGAACCAGAGAAGAUGACUGAAACAAUAGUAAAAGCUUUGGAAAUAACUGGACAGAGAGGCAUCAUCAAUAAAGGUUGGGGAGGUCUUGGGAAUUUGGCAGAACCAAAGAACUUUGUGUAUUUACUGGACAAUUGCCCCCAUGACUGGCUUUUCUUACGAUGCAGUGCUGUGAUUCAUCAUGGUGGCGCUGGAACAACUGCUGCUGGUCUUAAAGCCGCGUGUCCAACAACCAUUGUACCAUUCUUUGGGGACCAACCGUUUUGGGGAGAACGGGUUCAUGCCAAAGGAUUGGGCCCUCCACCAGUCCCAGUUGAGGAGUUUUCGCUUGAUAAGUUGGUUGAUGCAAUAAACUUUAUGCUUGAUGACAAGGUAAAACAGUGCGCUGUUGAACUGGCUAAGGCCAUGGAAAACGAAGAUGGUGUUACAGGUGCAGUAAAAGCCUUCUAUAAGCAUUUCCCCGGAAAAGUAUCCGAUGAAGCGCCUGAGUCACCCCAUUCUCGUUCAGGAUUUUGUUCCAUGCGACAAUGUUUUGGCUAUACAUGAAUCUGCAAAAGUCCUGACUUGACUUUUCAAGUUUGACACAUUUCUGACUGCUUUUUCCCCAGGUUCUAGUAUGCUUUCUUCUGGUUAACUACCGGCACCCAACUUCAAUUACCGUUGCAUGUCGCUUCUACUUUUUUCAAAAAUUAAUCUCACGGAUGCAUAUCGUUCAAAAGAACUGCAAGUGAUUGAUAUAUUACAUUCAUAUUCCAAUACUAAUACGCGGAAUAUGGAGGUACUUACGAUAGAAAGGACUAUUAGGCAAAAUGUUGUAACUUGCCACAAAUUAUAACUAUACCGUCUGAUUCUUGAUGGCAUAGCUAUGUUGUAAGUUUCAUAAAUUUAGGGUGUUUGAAUGUAACUGUGAAAGUAAAAAGUAAAUAUCAAUAGGAUGAACUAAAAGUCCUUGUGUAAAGAGAAAGCUAUUAUGUAUUCUAUGAUCUUUGGUUUGAUGGCUUACUCUAUAUCAUAUAUAUCAUAAAUGAGAAGUAUUUGGUUGAUGAGGUCUC